AUGCGUUUCUUGCAUCUCUUAGCGUCCACCGCGGCGCUGGCCUCGGCGGCCUCCGUCGCGGACUUGAACAGCAACUACAACAAGCCCGACGACAAGAAGGUCGACCAGUUCGACAAGCCCAACUUUGAGGAGCCCAAGGUUGAGGGUCCCAAGGUUGAGGGUCCCAAGGUUGAGGGUCCCAAGUUUGUGCCAAUCAAGGCCGAUGAACACAGGGACGGCAACGCCAAUAACGCCAAUAACAACAAUAACAACAAGGGUGCUGACUUCCACAACGGCCCUGAGAAUGACCGCAAGGAUGGUUUCAAGCAGGAUGACCACAAGGGUGGUUUCCAGCAGGAUGACCACAAGGACGUCAAGCAGGACGACCGCAAGGGUGGUUUCCAGCAGGAUGACCACAAGGACGUCAAGCAGGACGACCGCAAGGGUGGUUUCCAGCAGGAUGACCACAAGGACGACCACAAGGAUGACCACAAGGGUGGCUUCCAGCAGGACGACCACAAGGAUGACUUCAAGAAGGAGGGCGAGCAUAAGGAUGCCUACAAGCCUGAGCCCAAGAAGGACGAGCACAAGGAUGAGAACAAGUGGGAUGAGCACAAGGGCGAGCACAAGGAUGAGCACAAGGGUGCCUACAAGCCUGAGCCCAAGAAGGAGGAGCACAAGGAAGAACACAAGGAAGAGCACAAGGAGGAGGAGCAUAAGUGGGAGGCUCCCAAGAAGGAGGAAGAGCAUCAUAAGGAGGAGCACAAGGAGGAGGAGCAUAAGUGGGAGGCUCCCAAGAAGGAGGAAGAGCACAAGGAGGCUCCUAAGAAGGAGGAGGAGCAUAAGUGGGAGGCUCCCAAGCAGGAGGAGCAUAAGGAAGAGCAUAAGGAAGAGCACAAGUGGGAAGACCACACCGUCUACACCACGGUCAUCACCACCGACUACACCACUUACUGUCCUUCUCCCACUGUCAUCCCUAUCGGUAGCAUCACUUACACGGUCACUGAGCCAACCACUCUGACCAUCAAGAACUGUCCCUGCACCAUCCCGGUUCCUCCUCCUCCGCCGCCCCCUCCUCCGCAUACCACGCCUCCGCCGCCUCCCCCUCCGGUCACCACCGUGGUUCCUCCUCCGGUCACCUCCGUUGCGCCUCCUCCUCCUCCUCCCCCUCCACCGCCUCCUCCUCCUCCUCCUCACACUAUCGUGCCCCCUCCUAACAGCACCGUUAUCCCGCCGCCGCCGCCUCCUCCUCCGCACACUGUCGUUCCCCCUCCCCCUCCCCCUCCCCCUCCUCCUCCUCACACCGUUGUCCCCCCUCCCCCUCCUCCUCCUCCUCCCGUGAGCUCUGUUGCUCCUCCUCCUCCUCCUCCUCCCCCGGUGAGCUCCAUUGCUCCUCCUCCUCCCCCGCCGCCUGCCACAGGAACCACCCCCUUGGUCGUUCCCACCGCUGCCGCCGACAAGACCAAGGCUGGCAUCGGAGCUCUCGUCAUCGCUGGUAUUGCCGCCAUGGCUCUCUAA